GUUGUUUAACAAAGGAAGAGCGAAAACGUGAAAUUUGCAGAACGACACACCAAACAGAGCAACUAAAUCCGCAUAAAAGGUAAUGCAAAUCGCGCAGGUAAACAGUUGAUGGACGUCAUUUGAUUCUACCUGAGCGCUGCUGGCAAAAGUGCAUCCAAAUAACGCAGCGCAGCAGCGCAUCGCAUAGUUUUUUUUCGCAAUCGCAAUUGCUGCAGUAUCGAAAAUACCAGAGCAGAGAAAAGCAAAAAGGCAAAAGCAAAAAGUAUCUGUUACCUCGAACAAUGGAGGUGACAUUCAGCUCGGGCGGAUCAUCGAACGCCUCCAGCGAGUGCGCCAUAGACGGCGGCACGAAUCGCUGUCGCGGCUUGGAGCCCAACAAUGGAACCUGCAUCCUCAGCCAGGAGGUAAAGGAUCUUUACAGAUCCCUCUACACCGCCUCCAAGCAACUGGACGAUGCCAAGAGGAAUGUGCAGUCGGUGGGACAGCUGUUCCAGCACGAAAUCGAAGAGAAACGCUCGCUCCUAGUGCAGCUGUGCAAGCAGAUCAUCUUCAAGGACUACCAGUCGGUGGGCAAGAAGGUGCGCGAGGUGAUGUGGCGACGUGGAUACUACGAGUUCAUUGCCUUCGUGAAGAAGAACUGGCACAAGCAGUGCCAGGAUGCGGCCACGGCCCAAGAGAACAUGCAAAAGCUGGAGCGAUUCCUCUGCGCUGGCAUCUUCAACUACAAACGAUUGUCGGCACGCAUGGAAGAGAUCUAUGAUCUGGAUCUAAAGUAUUUGAUUGAUUUCUCCAUAAUCAGUGAUGGCUACAUAAGCGACAUGAUCGGAGACACCAUGGAGUCAUCGCACUCGGGCACCCACGCGGUGGACAAGAGUCUGGAGGCCGUGUCCUUUGCACUCGACACCAUACACUCAUCGCUGCUCAGUCUGGGCGAUCUUCAUCGCUACUUUCUAGACUUUCGCAUCGACAGCAAACUAAGCAUAAGCAAGGAGCAGGUGGCCAAGUAUUAUCUGGAGGCCUUCAAGCUUAAUCCGGCCAUUGGCAUGGCCCAGAACCAGUUGGGUACACUGCACUACGGACAGAAUCAUGACCUGGACUCCACUUACCACUACUUGUACUCCCUUGUGUGCAUCAUACCAUUCGAACUAAGCGAAAAUAAUCUUAACAAGCUGUUCGCCAAGCACACCGAAUACCUAGAGCGUAUGGAUCCAGAAAAACUAGACUUCAACAUCGAGGACUUCUUUGCCCGUUUCUAUCUGAUUGUGGACAUAUUUUUCUUCGACAAGGAAGUGCCGGACUUUAACGCUCUGUGCCACUGUGUGCUGAUUGAUCUACGCAAGAUCCUGUGCUCCCAGCAGCUGCGCGUUCCGGAGCCAAGCAUCUUCAAGAUUGUCUCCAUUCUGUUCUUCUGUCUGUCCAAGCUUAAGAUGAUCAACUCACCAAAGGUUUACUCGCUGCACGCCUUUCUGGUUGCUGCCUGUUCCGAUCUGAUGGACGCCUGCAUCGUCAGCAUCGAGCAGACAAUCCUGGCUCGCGCCCAAGACAACGAGCGCUUCCAGGCGGAGUACGAGGAACGCUUUCAGGAGUUCGAUACUGUGGUGCGCAAGUCCCGGAAUGAGUACAAGAACUGGCUAGCUGCAGUAGGCGAAUGUGAGCGCAAGGACAAGAAGUUGAUGCCACGCCCGCACUCUCUAAAGGAUUGCAGUUCGGAUUCGCGGGACAGCCAGCACUCUGGCGAGGAGGCAAAGACCCAGGAGGCUGCUGACGGCGACAAGAUCGGUGAGGCCGUUUCCACGCGCUCCAGUGACGAGGCCAAGGAGUCCGACCUUAAGACCCCGCUCUCCUGCAAGAGCAAGCGACGGGGAAUGCGUCUACGCCGCCGACGCCGCAAGAUCGCCCAGUCGGACGACAGCUCCUGCUAUGACAGCGAAAGCGAACUGGACACAGACUUUUACAGCGACGAGGAGGAUUACACAGAUCUAAGUUCUAACUUUGACACCGAUUUCAGCGACAUUGAUGCAGCUGAUCCUGGGGAGCCAUGCGGCGAAGAGCGCUAUGCAGCAGCUAAUUACAGCAAAAAGGAGCGCAAAGCUGGCGGCGGCGGCGGAGGAGGAGUCGGUGGCGUGGUGUACUCCGACAACGAAGACGUUGUUAUUGAGGAGGAGAAAAUCGUGUAUCCCAACGAAGUAGAGCGCAGAUCCAACUCACAGGAGGCGGACUCUGAGGAGUUGCUGCGCAGCUUUGAGGUACUGCAGCUGAACUUUAAGAGCGCAGAGGAUGCUCAAAGCAAGCCGGUGGCACCUCCGCCCGUCAGCUUUUCAGAGCCACCAAAGAAGCUGGUUUAUCGCAACAAGUACACCAAGAUCAAUCCCAACAUAGUCAUUGACUGUCUGCACAAUGAACCGACCAUUAGAGCCCUGAAAAUGCUUUUUGACUGGCUGCGAAUCAACCCAGAGAUUCUCAUCGGCUGCUACCACUCGAAUCCGGAGUUUGUGCACAAGAUCAUGAAGCUUCUCAACUACUGCAACAUCGACAUCUUCACCAGGAAGGUUUACUUCGAGCGCGACCUUCUGACCACUGCCAACGUGCGUGAUUCUCUGGUCGAGUUAUUCGAUGUGCGCGCCAACGUUCCGCUCACCGAGGACUUUGCUUUCAAGAACUUUGACAUCUUCCAGAGCACCCAGAUUACACUGGACUGGGAGACCAUUAUCCGGGAGCGUGUCACUCCCCAGGAAGAGUCCAUUCUCCGUAUUUUCAAAAUGGUCGACUUUGGCUUUUUCAUUUGCAAGCAGAAGAAGUUUAACUACAGAUUCUGCGUCAAGACGCGUCGUUUCACCGAGACCCAAAAGAAGAAACAGCGCGAGGAGAAGAAGGGAGGCGGAUCACGUCGCCGCGAGCGUCGUACCGCUCCGAAGACCAACCGAACAAAGCGGAACGAAGGACGCACACGUCGCUACUCCGAUCGCAAGAACGGCAUCGUCCGCAAGAGCUACACCAGUAACGAGGAAAAGGACACCGUGGAGGAGUGCCGCAAGAUGCCACGCAAGGGUUACCUAAGGAAUCGCAAUGCCGAGAAGGCGGCUGCUGUUAUAACCAGUGCCACGGGAACCUCUGUCGCCGGCGGAACCUCCGCCUCCACAACCACAAACAGUGUCAUCGAGAAACUGAAUUUGCAGUCCAGCUCGGGGGCCGACGAAGAGCGCUCGGAGGCCAAGUCGAAGAAGUGUGAGCUCAUGGGCAAGCUGUGGCUGCAAAACGAGGUGGAGACUUUGGAGGAGGAGCUGCGGGACAGUCCCGCUCAUGUGGUGAUGUCCCCAUUUGUGGUGGUCGAUUCGAAGGCAUUGACCGAAUACAAUGGCAUAGUCAAGUCGCUGGUGAGGACCAAGAAGUGCAUUGUCCUCAUUCCAAAUGCAGUGCUCAAUGAGUUGGAUGACUUGAAGAAACGCAGCGAGAAUGUGCGCCAUGUCAUCCGUUGGCUGGAGCAGGAGUUUAAACAGGGCAAUAGGCACUUGCGUGCCCAGCGCGAUAACGAAAGUCAGCCGCUAUCCCUGCUGAAGAUAUCACGCAAGAUGGAUCGUGACGCCUCAGUUUUCCUUCAAAUUGCCCAGUUCUGCAAUCACUUGGUGGCCAACCAUGCCGAUCCGCACGUCAGCGAACUGCAGAAGAGCGUCGUCACGUACUUGUCCGGCGAUAAUUUGCACGAGAAGAACCGCCAGCAACAGAACUUCAGCUACACCGGCAUCCUUGACUCGAUACCCGUACGCUAUGCCCAAAUCCAGAGCUUCUACGCAAAAUUUAAGGCCAACAAAAAAUGAACGGGCCCAAGUGGAGCGGCAACGGUAGCGGGCGCUAAGGCGGCAAAGGCAACUGCAGACCAAAUGCAAUGCGAGCUAAAAAGGGUGCGAGCGUGUUCUCUCUGUACAACCACAAAUCGACAUGGAGUUCCAAAGUUAACGAUGGCCGUGGACGACGGCAAAACCAAACCAGCAAUCGCUGCUGCAGCUUCGGUUGUGGCCGUGUUUUCCCCAAAAAAAAACUGAAACUGAAACUGUUACCAUCAGCCGGAGCAAGAUUCCGCCAGCCUAGCCUGUGCAGCAGCAGCAUUGCGAAUUUGCUUGUUGUGUUUAGACCAAACUAAAACAAAAUACCAAUCAAAAUCGUUCACUUUCAACUCGAUGGCUACAAUGAUGACGACCUCCCAGCAAAUGUUAAGUGGACAAUGGCAAACGCACAAUCAUCAACAAAAAUUCUUAAGAGAAAAAAAUCGUAAAAAAAAAAUAUCAAUCAAUCGAACAACUUUUCAAGAUAACGACAGGCAUGACCUGAGCGGUUCACGGACAGAAGAUCUUCGUGGAACAGUUGGGAGAGCGGAAUGACGGCGACCAGGACGGAUCGACCUUCUAAUCGGUUAUUUGCUUGAUGUACCAUGUCGUAUUCAAGAUUUCGCAUUUCCUGUGUCGGGCUGGACUAUGGAUCCAAAAACUCUUGAUCUUUCCUGCAGUUGUGUUUCGUUCUCGGUUUUGCAGACAGAGUUUAUUUAAAUUUUCACGCUUCUGACUAGGCAAUCCGCGUGAUCCUCUUCGCAAGAACAAAGUAUAUGGUAUACAUAUAUAUAUAUAUAAAACUUACAUUUUAAUGCAGUCCCUAAAAACUCUCUCUUGUGGUUCACCAAUGCAAUUUCCCAUUACAAAAUAAAGGAAAGUGCCGCACAUAUGUCAACAAAAUUCUACGUCAUUCUAAAUGUUUCCAAAAUUGAAAGUUAUGUUACAUUUUGUUUGAAUAAUAAAGCGCCCAACCACAAAAAAAUGU